AUGGAAGGUAUUGAUGAAGUAUCAAUGAACUUUGGACAAUUUUUGGAACAACAAAGAACAACAAAUAUUUUGAGCAAAUGUACCGAUUUAUGUGCACAAUAUCCCAGUUUCUUUAAACUUUCUAAUGGUGCGUUGACUAUGUCUAAUUCAUCUAUUAAAUGGCCCACCGUCAUACAUAGUGGCUUUAGUUCAGAAAGUAUUAGACAAGCAGCGAAGUAUAUUGAUAUACCUGAAUACAAAGUUUUUUGUCGACUUAUCUCGUACAAUAUGCCAAUAUAUUCAACAAAUCAACCAUUGUACGAUGUUUUUAAAAGUAAAGCAUUAUUAAUAUCAAGAGAACUACAUCCUAUAGAAUUACAAAUAUUCAAUAUUCAUUCAUUAUCAAAUGAAUUACCUAAAUUUGUUAAAUCAUUUGAUCAAUUCGUUAAUAAUUUGAAUGAUCUUUUUUACUUUUAUUGUUGGUAUCAUCUUAUUGAUUAUUCAAGAUUUCAUAUUGCUGGUGGAUGCUUGUUAACAUGCCUUAUUGAAAAUAGUAUUUUAUCACCUGGUCAAGAUAUUGAUUUAUUCUAUAAAGGGAUCUCAUACGAUGAUUAUUUAAAUUCUGUUUACAAUACAGAAACAAAAUUGCGACAAUAUUUUUAUGUUAAACGAAUAAAAAAUGGUGGUCAACAAAUUAUUAAUUUACGAUUGUUUAUGAAUAGAACAAUUCAAGACCUUCUUCAACAAAAACAAUUUGUUGAUCUUCAAUUUAUUUUUAUUAAAUCAUAUUAUACAUCAGAUCAAGCGAUAUCUAAUUUUGAUAUUGAUGCAACACAGUUUACAUUUAAUGGUGAAACUUUACAAGGUACAAUGGCAGCUAUAGAAUCGAUACGAACAUCAACUAUUAUAAAUUACGCUCUCAAUAAUGAUGAUAACGAUUAUGCACAUAUAGCUAUUAGAAUCGGAAAAUAUGUUAAACAUGGUUUUAAAUUGUUAGCUCCAAUUCAUUUCAAUUUCAAACGAUUCGAAGCAUCACCAACAUAUAUUAGCAAUCGAAAUAUUUCAUCACACAUAGGACAACAUAAUGUUAUUGAACACGAAUCUAAUUUGGAAUCAUCACUUCAGGAAUAUAAUCAUACAAUUGACUAUGAAUAUCCAUAUGUAGUAUUCAGUAGAAAUUAUGAUUGCUUUUAUGUUCAGAAUAGUUUUUGCUUAAAAAUAUUAUUUGCAAAUGAAUAA